UACGCGAUGAUACAGUGUGACGAUUAACGCGGCGGACGAACGUGCAAUCCGCCGGGCGGGCGGGCGAGAAGGAAGGAAAGAAGAAGAGAGACUCUUCGCGGUACAGUUACGGCUGCCGAUAGCGGGUCAAUCGGUGGUAAUAACGUGUAACACAGUCAUUUCUACGAUCGAUCGUCAUCGCGCGCGCCGGUAUAGAGGGGAACGCGGUGUAUGAGAAAGAGAGACAGAGAGAGAGAGCACAUAGGAACUCGUGUCACGUACGGUCAGCGGCCAGUGUACAUACGGAGAGGGUGGGCGGCGGGUGAGUCGAGGGGGUGAGAGAGGAGCGCGAAGGUAUAUCGGCCGAUUCAGAUAAGCCGUGUGGCGAUAAGGUACGGACGCUCCGUCGCGGCCGCGGUCAACCGGUGACAGACUGUAAACAGAGUUUUUGUGAAGAAGUAGAAAAAAAAAAGAGAAGAGGAGAAACAGAGAGGAGACGUCGGUCGCACGAGUCGAGCUUACCCCGCGAGCUUGCAAUUCGCGUAAACCGCGUGCGUCGCGACCACUCGACACGUAACGUGCACACACGCGCUCGCGCACAUACACACAUCGCAUUCACGCGUGUACACACGUAUAUAUCUAUCUAUAAUAUAUCUAUACGCGCAUGCAUGCAUAUACGUAUCUCGCGUUCGUAUAUUGUACGUGAUAGAGGCGCACAGUGAAAAUAAAGAGUAAAAAUAAAGAGGUGGAGAGAUAGAAUAAGGGAAGGGGGAGAAAGAGAGAUAUUGUUAUUUAUUCGACGCUCUGGGAAAGCGUCUUUCCCUCAAGCGUGAUUACAAGAUAGAAGAGGAGUAAAAGGAGAAAAAGAAAGGACUAUUAGUGUGGGAAUACAGGGGGUAGGAGCCUGUACGAACCUUGUAUACGAGAGAGAGAGAGAGAGAGGGAGGGAGUGUAUCUCCGAACCGACGUGUUUCACCGUGAGGCCACAUCGUCUUCAUACGGAUCUGCAUGCCACGUCGAGUGCCCCAUCGACCGAUUGAGGACAAUUCGAGAAAUUAAGCCGACCAACUGAGAACCCUCCGACCAUGUCGCUGCUCAGCGUAACGGUGAAGAAGGCGCGGUUCGUCUGCCAAGAUGCGGAACAAUUCAACUCCUACGUGACGUUGAAGCUGCAAAACGUGAAAUCGACGACAGUCACCGUGAAAGGGGCCAAUCCAUGCUGGGAGCAAGACUUCCUCUUCGAGACGAAUGACAUGAACGCCGGGCUCUUGGUGGAGGUAUGGUGCAAGGGAUUCUUGUGGGACCGCUUCCUGGGCUGCUACUAUAUCCCGCUGUCAGAGGUGUCCUAUAUGAACGAGGUAACGAGAAAUCAGUGCAACUUAAGUCGUACCGAGGUACAGCAACAAGCCGAAUCACACACAUCGUCCGACAUGCGUGACACCAACAGCAAUACACAGCAAGAUGUCACCGACACGGAGACCAAUGGGCAGUGGGUCGGCCUGGACUUGGAGCUGGACAUGAGAGGCGACGAACUAGUCGGCACGAAGAAGUCGUCGGGUCACUCCCUGCUGAUUGACUGCCGGCUGGAACUGCCGUACGGAAAGCGCGUACAACGAACUGGAUGGAAAGCCCUGCUAACGAGCGAAACAGCAAUGCAGUUGCGAGCAGCCCGGCCCAUGUGUGGCUCAGACCCCGAGAACACGGAGGCGGCCGAUCUGCAGAGGAAGCUGGAAAUGCUGAACAACAUGAUGGACCAGGAGGCGCGGGCCGAACAGGCACGAAGACAAAUAUUGUACAAUAUAGGCCACUCGGGAUACUCGGAGGACUCUGACUACACGUCGGACUUGAAUUAUCCAGUAGGUGGACAGGGCGCGAACAGCUCGGCCUCGCAGUUUCGCACGGCGGCCAACCAAUUGGCUACGCCUCAGAGAUCCCUCGAGACGUCGAGAGAAAACAGUUACGAGAGAGACGAUCAUCAGAUUCCAGUCACCGUCGGGGGACGGCUGGCGCCCGGUAAUUAUGGAAAUUACGGAAGCUCGGGCCACAGUCCGAGAUACGACGAGCCGUACCCCGAGGAAAGUCUACCGCAGAGGUACUCGCAGUCCCAGCACCCUUCAGAGUCUUCCGAGCCGCUCUUCUACAACAGCCGACCGAAGCAUUACAAGGAAUACAGACGACGGAAGCACACGUGGGAUUACGAGGACAGCCAAGACGGCUGGUACAGCGAGGGCUAUGACUAUUACGGCACGAGGGUCGAUGACACGAGGAUCUACAGCGACACCGAAUACUACACGAACAGUUCGAGCACGAGAAAACGGGGCGGAAAAGCUAUACCGUACAGAAGACCGUCUCUGGAAAGACAGAUGACCCUCUAUGACGAUCACUCGUAUUACGCUGACGGGUACAGCAGUGACGGAAGAGUGGGUAAAAUGAGCGCCACGUAUCCGGAAUGCGAGACGGAUAUUAGGUAUAACGAGUACUACGACACCAUAACGGGAUACGUCUAUCAGGACGAGAGAUACGGUCAAGACGACGAGGACAGGCAGUGGGAUAGCGGAGGGAAAUGGUACUCGGGAACGAGUACGUACUAUGAAAAUAAACGUAACAGAAAGACGCUUCCGCAACGGCCGGCCUCGAGUAUCGGGAUACACCGGCCGGACUACAGGCCCACCGUUACCCGACAGCGUAGCUACGAGUCCGAAGAGCUCGACUACAACGGGCACAGCGCUCGUCGCCGGAAGGUCCUGCAGCCGCAGCAACGUCCAAUGUCCCGGCAGGAGGGCACCGGUAAGAAACUACCUCCGACCCCGACCAAGCCGAGCAACGUGGUGAUCGGUCGUAAGCUCGCGUCUCUGCCCGCGACGCCGAGCAGACAACUGCCAAAGACCACCAGGACGCCCUCCGAGGAUAGCUACUACAAGUCCGACUACAAUGAGGACUACAAUUACGCUUACCGUAGUCAGGACAAUCUGCCGCAGGACACGUACACGGAGAACAUUUAUGGGCAACAAGGCACCGCCGUAAGCGGCGUCGAUCAGCCGAUGCAGCAGCAGCAACAGCACGCCACCAACAAGAUUCAUUAUCCCGAGGUUAAUCAGGAUAAUCAGUACGUGACGGAUUACACGGCUACCACGCAGGUCGAUGGUCAAUACAGUCAUUCGUACCCGGAGCAGCACGCGGAGCAAAACAGCUACGGGCAGCAGGCGUACACGCAGCAGAACUCGUACAAGGACGAGUACCAGCAGCAGCCGUACGCCCAGCAGAACACUCAGGCGUAUCAAGGAUCGUAUCAGGACACGACGUAUCCGACCGCCGCCAGCCAGGCGAACGAUCAAUACGCGGGGAAUCGGCCGAAGAGUCAGUACGACAAGCCGGACGGCAUGGUAAUCGAGGACAACUACCACGAGAUGGGCUUCAACCAGAACAACGUGCAAUACCAGCAGGAUUACAAGCAGAACGUUUAUCAAGAGCAAUACGAGGACUACGGCGCCGUCACCGUGCCGUCGAGCGUCUACGACCAGAACAACGUCGCGAACACCUACAAUCAGUACCAGCCGGAGCAGUACGACUCACAGUACAAUAUUAAUACGUCGAGCGAUUAUCAGAAGACUUAUCAAGAGACGUACAAUCAAGUGCCUGUUACGUCGCAGGAGGGUUAUCAGGAAUCCUAUACAAAGCAGCCGGAAAACUUCGUAGAUUAUCAAACUCCGUACGGUAAGCAGGAGGACGUACCUACGACGUACAAGAACAAUUAUCAGGAAUCUUAUCAGGAGUAUCAGGAGUCGUACGACGAGUACCAAGACUCUUAUCAAGGAUCUUUCGAGGAGCAACAGCGUUACAAGGACAGCCCGGCGACGACAACGGCCACCGUGACGGACAGGAGACAAAGCGAAGUGCCCGAGCUCUCCGUGACCACGCCUAAAGGUCAAACGAGAGCGAACGGCUAUCCGUCGAGCGAGUCGGAAUAUUUCUAUCAAUCACAAGAGAACGAAGACGCGUCGCCGUUGGCAUCUUCGAGAAGGAAGAAGCUCGGUAAACGCGAGGUCGGUCCGCUUCUCCAGCAGAACACGGACUCGCUCGAGUCACGGGAUGACGAGCUGAAGGACUCCUUCGACACGGCGGUGAGCUCGAUCAGCAGCAGUCAGCCGAAGAAAGGCUUCGCCGAGUACUCGAUGGCUGGCGAUGCGGCCACCACCUUGGUGGACUCGCCGCAGAACAUCUCUCAAAUCCCGCAGACCACCAUGGUCAAUCACGUGACGAUGGCCAACCAUGUGACCACCAGCAUGACCGUGACCGCGAUGGUGCACGCCACCACUAUCGCGAACGGCAAGCGACUGGCCAGAACGGAUUCCUACCAGCAGGACCUGGUCGAGGACGAGGAAUAUCCGGAGAUCAUUCCCAAGGAGCUGCAGCGCAAGGACUCGCAGCUGAGUCAACUGAGUCAGCACUCGUCGACGCAGAAGCCGAAGCUCACCAGAGGCGAUUCCUACGCUUCGGACAAUUUCCCCGAGGACUCGUACAGUCGUAGAGGAUCGUACACGCAAUUGAGCAGGAAGGACUCCUUCUCGUCGAGCACGCAGGACGGCUUCAAGCCGCCCUUGACCAGGACCGACUCGUAUCAGCAGAGGGAAUUACGAGCGGGCAAUUACGGGCAGAACUUCACGCCGCAGCCCAUCUCGCGGGCGGAGAGCUACCAGCGCGGUCACUUCAAGGAUCAGGAGUCGAUAGAUCAGAGCGACAUUGUCCUGAGCAACGCGGUGAACGGGGACUAUCAGAUGCGGGACGAGACUCUCGAGAGGUACGAGCGGGGUGAAGAAGCCUUGCUUCGUAACUCUCGAGAGGACUCACUGGUCGAACCGUUCAAGGAAACUCCGCCGUUGUCGCACAUCGACAGUCCGCGUGGGAGUAUAACGAAGCAGGCGUCCUUGGAGGAGAGCGUUCAGAUGGACACCCCGCCGCGGAGUCCGCCCGAGCCGACACCGGACGAGGAGCUCUUGAAGAUGGUCGGGGCGGCGCCGGUGCCGACGCAGCUGAAGGAACGUCCGGGGAUGACGGCGAGGCAACGCUGGCAUUGGGCGUACAAUCAGAUCAUGGGCAUGAAAGUGAGUACUUUAACUUUGUCAGUACCUCCUAUAAUCCCGUUCGAGCGAUACGCGAGUUUCCGCCAGUCACAGUACACGUUUUGA